AUGCUUCUGACACUACUGCUCGCUCUUGCUGGCGUGGUGGCCUCCACAGCGCGGUCGUAUGACUAUGGCAUUGAUAUAGACCAGCUCAUUCGCAGACAAGAUCCUGCGGCCAAGAUUAUUGUCGGCAAGUUGCCGCUGGCUUCUAAUGGAAGCACGCCCAUCAGACCCGAGAUUCGCGACAUGAGAAAGAACGGUUACAUGUGGGAUCUAUACAUUCUGGCGCUGAGUAUGUUUCAGUCUGUCGGCCAAGACCAGUCGCUAUCGUGGUACCAAAUUGCAGGUAUACAUGGUGUUCCUUUUCAGCCUUGGAAUGGCGUCCAGCCUGCACCAGGGGCAAGCCAGUCGGGCUACUGCACUCACAGCUCGGUCUUAUUCCCGCUGUGGCACCGGCCAUAUCUCGCGCUCUAUGAGCAACAAAUGUUCAAACUGGCAAAUGCUAUCGCUGGGCUAUUUACCAACGCGACGGAGCGAAACUUGUACCAGCAAGCCGCAUCCCGAUUUCGUAUUCCGUACUGGGAUUGGAGCUUGCCUGCUCCCCCUGGCGAGACACAUUUCCCCGACUGCUUCUGGAGCCCGGUGAUUUUGCAAUACGGACCGAAUGGACUACAGCACAUUCGCAACCCGCUCUUUUCGUACAUGUUUCAUCCGGUAGAGGAAGACGCCUUCAUCUGGAACCCGCUCAAACGCUGGAGUGAGACCAAGCGAGCUCCGAACAUGACGGUUAGCGAGACCGCACCGCCCUCGGAGAACUUUCAAGUCAGCGCCGCGCUCUUGUCGAAACUGCCCGAGUUGCAGCAGCGACUCUAUAUCAUAUUCUCUAAUUAUCACGAAUUCAAUGCCUUUAGCAACAAAGCCUGGGCAUCGUCCCAAAAAGCGUCAAAUCUUGACUCACUUGAAUCGAUCCACGACAUUAUUCACCUGUACGGAGGCCUGAAGGGCCACAUGACAGUCGCCUUGCAGCAGUCGCUUGUGCGCAAGAUCAACACCUGGUAUGGCGCUUCCAGUCCCGCAGGAAUUGCCGCGAAGGAUUCACAGCUCCGAGUGUCCGCAUUGGAAAAGACUGGCGGGCUUUGGAGUACGAAGGCGUCGAAAGGCGUGCCAAAUAUUAAGCUGACGGCCACGGAUCCUCCUUCCGACAAGAUUGUCAAAGCGGGCGCGUACACGGAAUGGAUUGCCAACGUCCAAGUCAAUGUCGAGGCAUUGGAAGGAGUUUUUGACGUGCACUUCUUUGUAGGCGCACCCGCCGACAAUCCGACAGACUGGACUUUGUCGCCAAACCAGAUUGGCACUGUGGCGAUUUUUGCUAUGAAUCAUUCAACGGGAUCGCAAUCCAAAAUAUCUGGUACACUACCGCUAACGACGGCGCUCAUGAAACUCGUUGCGACUGGAACUUUGCCCAACUUAGAUCCAAGCGCCGUAACACCUUUUCUCCGGCGCACACUGGAGGUCAGAGUGCGCAGCCACAACGACAGUGUGGUCGAUUUAGCUCGAGUUGAGGGUCUACAUAUCGAAAUUUCCAGCACCUGCGUCAAAGUCCCUGCGAGCGAUGUCGAGCUCCCUACCUGGGGCGACUCUACAUUGGAGUUGACAGUAUGGCGCGAUGAAAUAUCAUAG